UCCCCCCUCCCCGAACAAAGUCCGUACGAGGCAAAGACCAAAGUCGACAGAACUGUUACAUCUGAAUUGCGUCAUAGACUGAGUGGCGUUUUCGGAGUGAGAGUAAAGAAUGACUUUCUCGUCCCUCUUUCCAAGCAUACCUUCUGAGUCUUGAGUUACUGUAACGUGUAACGUCACAAAAUCUUAAGAAAGUUCAGCAGUUCGUUCCCGGCUACGGUCAAGACAUUGACGGAAUCGCCGCCAUGGCCCUGAGUAAGCCCAGCAUCCCGGAACCGGUCUACACCCCAGGUACGGCUCGGGGAGCGAAACUGGCAGCUCUGCUGGUGGACGAGGGGACUGCGCUGGUCAGGAAGAUAUUGGAGGAUGAAGUCCAGAAAAUGAACCCUCCAAGUCUUCGUCAGCAGCUAAACAAGCAUAAGAGAUAUCUUGCUGGACUGCGAUAUCUAAAUCCUGGUCAAAAGAAAACACUGUAUCCAAAUGCAACCGAUGGUGUUGUUCCAGACACAGCCCUGGACUUUGACAUAUCACUUUUAGAACUCCUCUUGAAAGAACUGUGUGGAAAUGCACCGUACUCAGGUCCGAGGAACAGACUUCGGCAGUACAGGAACAACAAUUACGGACACGUUUCAAGCACGCACCUGUCUGAAGGAGACUUUGACAGACUGUGGGAGGAACUGACGGAAAUCCUAGUUGCCCUCGGCGGGGACAGAGACGAGAUUUCAGAGAGACGCAACUCCAGCAUCGACCCGGAACAGGAAGCAAAGCAGUUCAGCCAGCUAGAGAAACUGUACAAGGAAGACAUGGAGGUCAAACACCUUCUGUUGGCAGAGGGAAAGAGUCUAAGAAAAGGGCAAGAAGAAGUUUUGGAUCAAGGAAAGAGCCUGCUAGUGGGGCAGGAGUGCUCUUGUCAGAAGCUUGCCUAUGAUUGGUCCUGUGGGAAACUGGGCAGGUUUAAGGUCGUGUUCUUCCUGGAAAUGCGUUACUUAGCUGGAACAGUGAAAGAUGCUGUUUUUGAGCAACUCCUGCCAAAAGACACAAAAGCCACCCCGGACCAGCUCUGGUCCUACAUCCAAGAGAAUCAGGAUGAUGUUCUCUUCAUCCUUGACGGUUUAGAUGAGCUCAGUCAGGGAGCUAAGGAAGCCACAGAUGUGGUGGACUUGAUUCAAGGUAAAAUCUUCAGGAACUGUCAUGUCCUGGUGACCUCCAGGCCGUACCAGUGUGUCAAAGAUCUGGACAAAUGUCACGAGUUCUACAGAAUUGUAGGCUAUACUAAGGACAAUUCAGAAGAGUUCAUACGCAAAUACUUUCGCCAGUCCCCAGAGUCUGCUUCAAAACUAGUGGAACGGAUUCAUAGUAACGAGAAUCUGUCAGAAAUAGUGGUUAAUCCCCUCAACAAUGUGCUUAUUUGUGUUGUUUGGGAAGAUAACAAUAAACAAUUGCCUUCUAGCAAAGCUGAACUUUAUAAACAGAUCAUACUUUCAAUCGCAAAGCGAUUCUGUACAAAGUCAAAGAAAACCCUUCCAAUGGAAGGUGACCAACUUCUUCUCAACAUAGAAGAAGCCUUGAUAGACCUAGGAAAACUGUCUUGGGAAGGGCUAGAGCAGGAGCAGCUCCAGUUUAACAUAGAGGAGAUCCAAAAGACGUACGGCACAACCGCCGAUAUUAUGUUGAACAUGGGCCUCUUGACUAGAGAUUAUUCUUUCUCCAGGAUCAAACGCACCUGCUACUGCGCCUUUCUGCACAAAACAUUUCAGGAAUACAUGGCCGCCCGCUACAUCAGUGGCCUGGUCCUGGAUGGAAGUAGCAGAGAAGAGGGAAUGAAAUAUCUUCGUAGUAUGUUUGGUUUGACUAAGGAUUCUACAACGGAAUUCAACAGGGAACUGAUUUUAACUAGUCGGCGUAAAUACAGGGAGGUUCCUAACUGGUUACUCUUGACCCUGGGUAAGGAUGCUGACCCUCUAUUUGACAUGUUUGCAAAGGAGCUUACCAAAGCCCAAACUGAUGAGGACAGGGCAGUCUUGUCGUUUGUGUGUAUCACGUGGCUUGGAAAAACUGUUGCAGGUGGUAAAAUGGCUGAGAUUGUGGCUCCUUUUCUGCCUCAGCAAUUAACUAAUAACCUGAGUGGUUUGAGUUAUCAAUAUGGCGAUCAUAUCGACUGGUUUGUAGGGUUGACCCACGUGCUGACCUGUCAAAAGAAACUCAAUGCAAGUAACAAUCCAAGGGUGGUGCAGCAUCUGACUGUCUGCUGCCGUCAUAUAACAGCCGAUUCUUCAGAACAAGAGAAACUCGACUUGUUGGAAAACACAUUGUCAGAUUAUGGCAAGAUUCGCUCCGUGACAUUACUUGAGGCUGGCGGUGGUACGAGGCAAAGUUGCCAUAACUUCUCACUGCACACAUUCAUACCUCGGUGUGGAACAGAAAGUUUGUCCAUCUUUAUCAAACCCGGUUUUACAUUAUAUUUGUCACUGCUUAGCUCAUUGGAACAGCUUUCAGAGGUACCAAUGGUAGAGAAUAUCAGAAUCACAGUAGGUGGUGUCACGAGUGAUAUGUUUGGGCCUGAUGUCGACUUCUCAGAAUAUGACAGGCUGUUGGCCCACGCGAUUAGCAGGCAGAGCUCUCUUAGGUCAAUAAGACUUGAGAUAUUCGAGUGGCACCGUAACGAUCCUGACACCAGGGGUUUCGGCAACCUCACAGCGACCCUACAGAGCAUCUCCGAACAUGCAUGUCUCCAAAACGUUGAGUUAGAUCUUCCACGGAACGAUAUAUUGGCGAUGUCAUCAGACGUUAGAUUUGGGGUGUUUGGUAUGGUCAACAAAGUGCUAAUGGUGAAGUACAAAACACAUGAGACAUUCGAUGUUGAGCCAAUGGUGCACGAACUCACAGAAUGUAUAAAGAAGAACAAUGUCCUAAAGACACUAAGGCUGAGAUGGAAACUCUGGGAUAACCGAAAUAUAACCAAUAAAGUUUACCAUGGAGUCUGCAACAGUCAGUCCCUCUCCAGUCUGUUUUCCGCGAUCCAGAGGAACAAAACUCUGGAGACGCUGGUGAUCGACGGGAUGUUGUCCGAGUCCCUGUCAGGACCACAGGCAGAGAUAGUUGCCAAGUUACUGAGUAAUAAACCUAGCAACUACAAGGAGCUCAAUAUAACUAUGUUUAGCCACACGUUCGUUGAGGAUUUUGUCAUGUUUCCGGCUUCUUGGACUGGGCAAUAAAACAUGUUUGAAAGCCAGUUGCCCAUCAUCAUAGAUGUAGAAGCUAAAACACAUAUAGUCACUCCAGCGAAAACAAAAUGUGACCUUUUUUUUUUAUUUAAAGUUCCCUUAACAUCAUUCUGGAGACCACUGGUCGCAUGUUAAACCGCUGCCAACACAGCAUACAUAAGUUAUGAAGUUUUUGGGACAGAGGUAGAUAUGUGUUCAGUCAAUUGCAAUUAGAUGUCUCCAUUGCAUCCAGUGUUAGAUUUCUGCAAACAUUUACGGUGUAUCAAGAUAUUUCCCCCAUUUGCAAGGGAACAAGACCUUUCAAAACUACCUACAUGUAUUUUUUUGACACUGAAAAAAAAAGAAUGUUAGAUAUGACGAGGGCACGACUACUAAUAUUUUCCUUAUGAUACAAACGUUUGUAUUAAUUGUAAAGUAUUCCUUUCUAAUUGAGAUGUUAAUGCGUUGACAUUGUAAGUAUCAUGUUUAUGCAGAAGCUACUGUUGUACUAGUACAUACGAGUGACAGACGUGUAUUAUAACGCAGGGAAUGAUAUUGCAAUACGAGAAAAACAUAGAAAGUUUGAACGGUGACCUGAAAUGAUUACAUGAUAUUUGUUCAUGUCUUUCCCAUUGUAAUCACCAUGUGAAGGUAGCAUGUGCGUCGUAGAAGAACUGCUACUAUCUACCUGAAUACCAAGUGCCUAUCUUUAUAAUGCAUCGUCGAAGAGUCAAUAAUGUGUU